GUUCCUGUAAUAAAAUGACGGACGGCCGCGUUCUUUACCGCAAAGGUAUUCCCGUAUUCUUGUGCACUCGGUGCCUUUCUUCAGCUUAUCGACACAAGGUGUGUGUUUGUACUGCAGAAGUCAUUUUGGCCGAAAGUAUUCCUCCGAUGAGGGAAUGUAUUUAUGGUCACAGAUACCAUGGUCAAUGCGCUGUUAGCGACAUAUGUCCUCAUUGCGCGUAUUUGUUCCCGAUGACGGAAAACGCUUCUAAUGCGAGGAAGGACUCUGACAGUCCACCUCCUCUGGAAGCAUAUUCUGAUUCCGACGCGGAAUCAACCGUAACGGUGAAUUUGGAUGAGGAACCACAGAGAAAAGGAUUGACCGUUCACAACCCCGUCUAUGCUCCGGCUAAACCGGGAAAUCAAGAAAGUUUUACGAGCGAUGAUUCAGGUCCAGAAAACGAAGCACCGCCGCCUCCGGUUCCGGCGAAGCGUAUGCGCGCUGGUCUACCAAGUUUCGUAACACUUUCUCUUCUUCUUUUACUCUGUACCCUGUCGGGUACGUACGGACUGAACACUACGCUAUGCGAUUGCUCACGCAGCAAAUACGUGGGAAUUGCUGACCUUUCUGCGCGAAUUCGAUGCGAUCAGUUGGAUAGCCCUAUCAGAGAAACUCAUGAUGUCAAGUACUAUCUUCUCGACUAUAAAAACAUCACCCGACUUUUUCCCGGCUCCGCUUGCCGUAUGAUUCUGAAAAGUACGAUACAAGAAGGGUUUUUCUUCGGCGGGUAUAACAGCCAGAAUUUUGAGGUAGCACUUCCGGUCACCGCUGACCAGUGCCGUGACAUGGUCCGAACAAAGACUUGUAGUGGCAACGCAAUGAUUAAAAGUGGACGUACUUGGGUAUACGACGUAAUACCUGUGGUUGACCGCCGGUGGAACCAAUUCCGCCGUGCCGACGUCGUUACCUGUCUCUUGGAGAACGUCACCCUCGAAACAACGUGUGACGACUGCCCAGUACUUUCCGCUACCGGCGAAAUCUCUUCGUCGAUUCUUGCCGAGUCCAGUGUUCAUCCGCACGUAACUUACGUGUGGACUACUGACAAAAACCAUACGAAGUGUCGCGUUAACACGGUUCUUAACAGCGAGGGACAGUUGUUCCAAUUAAAAUCAGGAGAGAUCCACAUUCGUGACCAUCUACAUCAACUCAGCUUUACGGUUGAGGAAAAAAUGGAACGAACAUGCGAUGAAGGCGCAUCUGUUCAUUACGUUCGCUCCCAUCCGACACUUCGAAUAAAAUUUUACCAUGCUUGGUAUCGUCCUAAUGUCACUGAAAAAAUCCGCCCUCCAGCUCGCCCACCUGUUGGCAUCCAAAGUCGGUUGAAUGUUAACCUUUCGGCAGAAAUCGCCACCUUGCUAUCGUCCCACCUUCAGUACGUUGAGGAUUUCUUCGCAUUUCAAGAAAUGAAAAUUUUCAAUCACCUGCACAAGUUGCAAUGCCAGGCCGAUAAAACCGAAAUGGAAAAUCUGAUACUACUUAGUCAGUUUUCCCCGGUGGUUGUCGGAACCAAACUCGGUUUCCCAAAAUGCCAGGCUGCUGUAGUUCUAGGUGAUUCAGCUACUAUUUACCAGUGCACGGAAGUUAACGUCACGAUCGGCGUAAAAUACUCCACAUGCGGACCAGAUCCGUACAUCGCAGCCGAAAAUGAUGACCGCGGCUACACUGUCGCUCUCGACGGUGAAACCCUUAAAAGACAUUCAGUUUGCCUCCAUCGGCACUCGGUAGUAAUCGUACACGGAACUCUCUACCGUUACCAAGACGGUGUCUGGACUCCUGUAAAUCCAAUAUUCCAUAAAACGCUUGCGCACUGGCAUUACACCGCAAAAUUCCUGACGGACAACUUGGAAGACACUCUCGGUGACUCCUUGUCAGUGGAUCCCUUCCGGUUUCUCGACUUGACAGCCGAGUUAUCCGGCCUGAUGUUGGAGACCGGCUCGAAGGCAGGAAACGACUGCGGUCACCGCCACCGCUACGGAAACCCAGGACAGGAACCUUUCUCGGACUGUACCCACACGGACGGUGGACAUUCCCAUGACGCCGCGCUACCGUCCUUCGGACAUGGUUCGACAGGAUCCUGUCUACGCCAAUGCGCGUAUGGUCGCCGAGGACUCGGAUGGAUCAACGAUCGGCGCCCGGACUCCGUCCCCGGAUCACACGCUUGGCCCACGGACGGAACCGACGGUGACCUUUGGAAAUGCGUUGAUGGAACAGCGCCGGAAGUUGGCACCGGUUCGGUACGGAACUCCACCGACCGUGAGCAGCGUAUAACCGCUUAGCAUUAGCCUUAUUUUUCCGCUCAUGUACAGUCAGCCAGCAAAUUAAUUAAAAACACUCAAAAAAAAACUAUUGCAAAAUUUCAAAAAUAUUGUAUUUUAUGCUGUUUGUUUUUAUAUUUUGCUUAGAUACUUCAAAUCAAGUCAGGUUCUCGCUUGUAUUUAGUUCAAUUUAACAUAGUCAGGAUUAUUUACUUGAAUUUUCAAUAAAAAGGAUCAUUUUAUUUUGUAGAAAAUUUAUCAAAAAACAUUGGUCAGGAAAUUUCCUUGGUUACUUGUCAGAUUUUAAUUGCAAUUUUUAAAAAAACAAAAAAGAAAGGUUCGUGAAGAUCGACCCAGUUCUAAUAUGGGAACGCAGUUAUAUUAGGUUCGCUACCUGAAGCUUUAGAUCGCCGAAUUUUUAUCAGUCAUUACAGCCUUGCAGUGAUCAGUGAGUGCUCGUAAUAGGUAGGCAGAAUUAUGGCCAUGGUUAACGCAUUGUAUUUUCGUGGUUAGCUGGAGAUCUAUUUUUUGGGGCAAGAUUUGAAAUAUUAAUUACAAACUUCCUACAAAGAUGCUGGUGCAGCAGUUUGUUUGCUAGAUGUCAAGGUGAGUAUAAUUGCUACAAAUCUUCUAAAAAAAAAAAACUCAGUGCUUAAUAAAAUAACAGUGUCUGAUCAGCAAUCCCGUUGCUGUAGCAAUACUUUGGUCCUGGGCGUGUAACAACUCUAGCUUUCGGCGCAUCACUGGUUUACGAGGUGUUGAGCCGUAAGUACGCGACUUGACCGUAAGACAUGCUACUAAUCUACUCAGACAAAUUAACAAUGCACUCGUCUGUACAAGUGUACGAAAAAUUCCAACAUGGGGAGAGGAAGUAGACGCUAAACGCGUGUUAUAGACAGGCGAACAAACAGUGUUUGAAACCAGCGCAAUAAGAUCAUGGAAAUAAGCAAAUGAAUUUUUUUGUACAGAUUUUGCCUCAGAGAAUAGGAUUUUCUGUUUAAUUUCGUGAAUACGGUGUGGUGUUGUGGUUUUGGUGUAUGGUUGACCGCGGAUCAAAGUUCAAGUUCAAGUGCGACCGAAUGAUAUCAUCAACAGCAUCGCAUUUAUUAUGAAAAUGAGUCAGGGAAUCUAAAUCCAAAAACAUUUAUAAAAUGAAAAUUUGGUUUAACCCAGGUUUUCCCUAAAAGCGUUACGAAAAUAAAAUA